GCCCGCUCGGAGCUGCCCGCCGGUCUCCGACGUUGGAUCGAGCCGACGGCUCCUAUCGACCAAUACCAGCGCCGGGUCAAACCCUAAGCACGCCGGCCAUGGCGGUGCGGCAGCCCCGUUCGUCGGAGCAGCGUGCCUGGCCUCGAGGCCGCGCGCUCCUCUGCCGAACGGCGCUAGCCGUGUUGAGCACAUGGCGAGAUCGGAAGCCUGUUCGCGCCGGCGACGCGCACAGGCGCUCGGCGGCGAGGUGGGGAGGCGAUCGCCGGCGCCUGUCGUUUGGUGGCGGCGACGUGCGCGGCUCAGGGGACACACAACAUUCGCGUCCGACAGGCGGCGCCGCCAGUCAUUUCUUCCCGCCGGCCAUCAAGAGAGACGGCGGCGUAGUAGCGUCAGUAGGACAAGCAAGGACGAUAAUCAUAGACAUCCCUGACAAAAGCUCCUUGGACAUGGCCAACACUACCAGUGGGUUCAGCAAUCAAAUCUUGAUGGGAACGAGCAUGGAUCCAACUUGUGCGCUCUCUGGAGCAACAACUCCUCCAGUGUGUGAUGCAGCAAAUGGAGAAAGGGUGGACAGUCCAUUUUUUACACUGGAACUUGAGCAUGGUGGAAUUUUCUGUGGCCCAAUCACAAACCUGGAGUACUGGAACCCUUCUGUUGAGGUGCUAGACUUUGUUGACUCUGGCACUUUCUCUUAUGCAUUCCUUGAACAACACUUGGUUUGGUUGGGAUAUCCUGUGAGUGAGCACAUCAUUUACUUCAGCAAACCAAAUAAACCAAUCUCAGAUGGUUUGAUCAGAAUUAGCAGUGAUGAUGAUGUGCAGCAUAUUAUCAGAGCUAGUGCUGAGCAUAAGAUGCUUGUAGCCAUGGUUGACCAUACAGAUUUCAUCAGCAACUUCAGGUCUGACUUGGUGUGCACAUUGCCCCUAUCUUUCAUAACAUCAACAACAAGUUUUGCAGCAGGAAGUGCAUCCCCUUCCCAUAGCCUAGUUUCAGUCUUUGUAGAAGAUCCUUUGUUAGAGAUUGCAGCAAAUGCAACAGACCCAGAGAGUUUGCUUAUUGAGGGUGCUGAGCAGAACAUGCUAACUGAAGAUCCCUUGUUAGAGAUUGCACCAAUUGGAACAGACCCACAUAGUUUGCUUAUUGAGGGUGCUGAGCAGAACAUGCUAACUGAAGAUGGAGAAACAGUUAUUGAAGAUGUAGUUGUUUCAGAUUCUGAUUUCAGUGACAGUGACUAUGACAUAGAUGAUGGUGAUGAUGAUCUUUAUGAUGACAACAUUGACUUUGAUGUUGAUGAAGAAGCUGAUCAGGAUGAGGAUGAUGUGGAGCCUGAAUACUUGCUUGAGGAUGAAGAUCUCAACCUAUCAACUGAGCAAGCAGAUGAACUUAGGUACAAAUUUAAAGCUUUCAAUGCAAAGGUGGACAUGAUUUCCCCUGUGUUUAAAGUAGGGAUGGUAUUUGCUGAUGUGGUUGAGCUAAGACAUGCACUGACUGCAUAUUCAGUUAGAAACAGAGUGCAGAUCAAGAAGAUAAAGAAUGACAAGAGGAGACUUGAAGCAGUUUGUGAAAAUGGUUGCCCAUGGUUUCUGUAUGCUGGCAAUGACAACAGGACAGGGGGGUUUGUCAUCAAGACUUACUAUGGAGAACAUAUAUGUCAGAAGAAAUGGAAGAUAAGGUCACUGACAGCAAAAUUCCUGUGCAAGUAUUUCAUAAAUGAGUUCAGAGAUGACCAGAAGAUGUCACUAGGUACAUUUUCAAGAAAGAUCACCAAUGAAUUUCAUGUCACCCCUAACAGAUGGAAGCUAGCUAGGGCAAGAACUGCAGCACUUAAGGAGAUCCAUGGUGAUGAAGAAGAGCAGUUCAGUAGGCUUAGGGACUAUGGUCAUGAAUUGAGGAAUACCAACCCUAGGUCUACAUUUCUUCUGUCAACUGAUGUUGUUAGAGACAAAGAUUUCCCACAGGGCAGGAAAUGUCUGAAAACUCUAUAUUGGUCUUAUGAUGCAUGCAAAAGGGGUUGGCUCAAGGGAUGCAGGCCUAUUAUUUUCAUUGAUGGUUGUCACAUGAAAAAUAGGUUUAAAGGAGUGUUGCUUAGUGCAGUGGGUAUUGAUCCUAAUGACUGCAUUUUCCCCAUUGCAAUGGGUUGGGUGGAAGUAGAGUGCACCAGUUCUUGGGAGUGGUUUCUCACUACAUUGAGAGAUGACCUUAACAUCACAAAUAGUGCUCCUUUCACUAUUAUGAGUGACAAGCAGAAAGGUUUGAUCAAUGCUGUGCAAAAAAUCUGGCCAGAUGCUGAGCAUAGGUUUUGUGUUAGGCAUAUUUAUCAGAAUUUCAAUGAGAAGCACAAAGGAGAGCAACUGAAGCAAGAUCUGUGGGCCAUUGCAAGAGCACCAAACAGGGUUAAGUGGAGCCAAAACUGUGAGAAAAUGGAUGGACACAGUGCAGCUGCCUUCCACUGGACUGAAAGACUUGAUCCAAAGACAUGGUGUAAAUCAUUUUUUAGUCUUUCCCAAGUGUGAUAUUCUGCUGAACAAUAACUUUGAAGUUUUUAACAGCUACAUUCUGGAGGGCAGAGAGAUGCCAGUGCUGUCCAUGCUGGAAUACAUUUUUUACAAGAUCAUGCAAAGGCUAGUGAGUAAACAGAGAGAGGCCAUAGAGAAGUGGGCAGGGCAGAGAAUAUGCCCAAAGAUCAAGAAGAAACUAGACAAGAACACUGAGUUUGCUGCUAAUUGCCAUGUCUCUGAAGCUGGCCAACAAUUGUUCAGAGUUCAGUCUGGUAACUCUAGUUAUACAGUUGACUUGUGCUUGCACACUUGUGACUGCAGGAGAUGGCAGCUCUCUGGAGUACCAUGUGGCCAUAGUAUAGCAUGCUGCAGGGAGGAGAGCUUGACCCAGUGACAAUGGUUCAUGACUGCUACAGUGUGGAGAAUUAUCUGAAAGCAUAUGGAUACACUCUGGUUCCACUUAAAGAUCCAAAGCAUUGGGAGAAACAGAAUGGAGACAAAGUAUAUCCACCAGUUUUCACUAAACAGUUGGGAAGGCCAAAGAAAAACAGGAAGAAAACACCAGAAGAGAAGAGAAGCAGGAAUGGUGUUAGAUAUUUGAACAAAAAAGGUGUGACAAUGCACUGCUCAAUUUGUGGCAGAGCUGACCACAACAGGAAAGGGCACUACAGGUGGCAGGAAGCACUAGUUGCAGAAGGAGUAGAGCUUGUUGAUGAUAA